GCAUUCGGUAUAACCUUAGACCUUUACCGUCACUGUGUCGUACGACCCUCGACUCUGUCUUAUUCUUCAUCUACGCCUCAUCAAAGAAAUUGCAAAGAAUAUUUGGACUCAUCAACUUCGCCUAUAUUGUCUCAGGAAGAAUACGGAAUUUUGGAACAAGCGCAUUGUCUCGCUUUUUUUUUUUGGGUUUCCCUAUCGAGGCUUUUCUACCGAACAGAUUCUCGGACAAGAAAUCAGACGGGAAAGAAAGAAGGGAACGAGGCUACAGAAACUGUAGAGAACGGGAAAGAAGGAAUGACCAUUGCGACUAUGAGUGAUUCUAGCUCUGAAGGUGCUAAUAGUACUGAACAUACCACACAGCAAUCACAAAACGCGUCAAAAUCCUCCUUAUCGCUCGAGAUAACAAACCCUCCUUCAUCGUCGCCUUUUCCAUCCCCUUCUUCUAGCUUUUUGCCACCCCCCACGAUGCAGAAGAACGAGUUUGCUCUUCCAGCAAGAUUUCCAUCGAAGUCAACAAAGAAAGUGGGCGAUCCGCAAUCGCAGCAAUCUCAACACCAGAAUGGCAUGGCGGAUGCGGUUAAUGGAUCGGAAGAACCGACUAAAACCAACGGCGUUGACGCUCGAGCUAGUAGUUCCAGUUCGCUUGAGACCUCGAUAGCACCUAAAGGACCUUCCACCUCUUCUAUACCUUCCCAAAUCGUUACGUCCAUCCCAGCGCUCACGCCAACGACACCUACACCCGAUUCCGUCUUCCACAAACAUAAGACGUCAUCAUCUAGCUCAUCAUCUCCUACAACACCCCUACCUCACACACCCCAUCGCCUAAGCCAACCCGUGAUACCAAUACCUUCACCACCUUCAUCCCCUCGCUUCUGUGGUUCGCUGCAUCCCAGCUCAAAGACAAAUAGGGAUUCCACGGCGUCCUUCACGUCUACCGGUAGCUCAGGUAUUGGGCUUACGAGUAGCAGACCCGCGCCACCAAGUCCCGCAAUGUCGAGGAGAACCAGUGCUGUCUUGUCAAGAGCCGGGUCAACUAGACGUACGAGCGGGAUGUCAGGUGGCGAUAAGAGGGGUAGCUUAUUAGGGUUUACGUCUACCGAAGGUGGUAGAACGACUACUCCUGUACCUAAAGACGCACAGCCGGCUGGUGCCACUUCCGCUAUUGUUACUUCUGCUUCUACUUCACCAGACACGGGUAUGUCGUAUCGGACACCCAUCCAAAUACGAGAUUAUGCUUAUCCGGAUGCGGAUUCGCGACGUCUCGGGUUGGGAGCGGAUGGACAGUCGCUGAAUGUGCCGAAACCGAAUAGAAUCCGGUUUUUGAAUAAGAGGUUGCUUGGGGAGCUCGGGUGGAGAGCUUGGAGGAAGGAUGAGAAGAAAAAGAAGAGGGAGAAGGAAGGGGCGAGGGACAGUGUGGGGAGUGUGGGGAGUAGUAGGUGUAGUGAGGAUGAAUGGGAGGAGCGGGCUGGGGAUCCCGAAUCCGAAGGGGAAGAUGAUGGUAACAACGGUUGGGGUAGCUUCAAGUUUGGUUUGGGCAGAUUCAGCUACGGCUUCCCAGGUGGAGGUGGAGGUGGUUCUCGAGACACUACCGAAACCAUCAAUACGACCUCUUCUUCCGGUUUCCCAACUCAAACCGAACUGGACAGAAACUUUAAUUUCCCUGAUUCCUCAGAGUCUUCUGAUGAUACGGAAGGAGAAGACGAAGAGGGGAAGUAUUAUAGUGCCAAUGCAUCACCCGCACCUGAGGGUGAAGAUGGAUUUGGAUACGCGGACGAAGAUGACUUGUACCCGGGAUUGUAUAAGGCUCUCUAUGCGUUUGAGCCAGAGGGGACUGCUGAGAUGGCUCUUCAGGAGGAUCAACUCGUACGCGUAGUCGGUCGUGGUGGUGGUGUAGGCUGGGCCGUUGUCGUUGUUGAUGGUGUCGAUGAGAAAGGUGACUACGUCGAGUUUGAUGAUACGGAUAAUGAUGGGGAGGGGAAAAAGAGGCAUGCUUUAGUUCCUGAGAGUUAUUUGGAAGCGGUCAGAUUGGAUUCAGAGGAAGAUGGGUAGGAUUUCGGUCGUUCGCCGCGACAGGGAUACCUUUUUCUUGGUUGUAUAAGUUUUCUGUCAUUUUUUUCUUCUUCUUUCGCGUUGCGUUCUUUGUUCUUUGUUUCUUUGCUUCUCAUAUUCUUACGCUUCAUCCAUGAACCUUGCACCUCCUUGGUUUUAUGCAUUUCCCUGUACGCUACAUCUGCAAUCGCUGAACACUGAACAUAUCUUGCUGCAUUGUUUGUGUUUUCUUUCUCAUUGCUUCGUGUUAUGCAGUUGGCUUUUCUGUACAUUGUGUAGUUGGGUAUAUCUUGUAAAGCCGUUAUCUGUUCUCGAA